AUGCUUCCUCUCACUGAUUUUAAUGAUCCUACAAAAGGAACCCUAAUCCAUGAUGAAUGCCUUUUCGGAGUUGAAAUUUCAGUUUGCAAUUACAGUGGCAAAGUGGAGUGUGUGCCUCGGCCUACGAAACUAGAACCGUCUUUCAUUUACACUUGGAAAGUCGCUAAUUACUCAACCUUGCCUGAUCUUUGUAGCUCCCCGGAAUUCGCUUUUGGAAAUCACCAAUGGGUAAUCAUCCUUCAUCCAAGAGGGUUUGGGUCGGAGAAAGGCAAAAGUAUUUCAUUCCAUCUUCAAUUAGACGACACGUGUGUAAGAGACCAGGUCUAUACAGAAUGGAAGCUAAGAAUCAAGGACCAGAUACACGCUUGUCAUUGCGAGGAGGAAGGAGGUCGCUUGUUCUCUUCUACAAGUAUGAGUUGGGGAUGGAGGAACUUUUUGUCACUUGAUGACUUUCAUGAUGCAUCAAAAGGUUUUCUUGUGAAACAUACUUUUAUAGUUGAACUUGAGAUCACUCGGGUUUCAACUAUUAGAAGUUUUUCCUAG